AUGUCUCGUGGGCGUGCCCUUGUCCUCCUGCUUGCCCUUGUCCCCCUUCCCUUGUUCCCCCGCCCUUGUCCCCCCGUCCUUGUCUCCCCGUCCUCCUUGUCCACUUGCCCCUGUCCCCCCGCCCCUGUCCCCCCGCCCUUGUCCCCCGCCCUUGUCCCCCCGCCCUUGUCCCCCGCCCUUGUCCCCCAGCCCUUGUCCCCCCGCCCCUAUCCCCUUCCCUGUGCCCCCGUGCCCCUGACCCCCUGCCCUUGUCCCACUGCGCUCCUUCUCUCCUCUGCAGCCAAAGAUUCUAUUGGAACAGACGGCAGCCAGCUGACCGGCACCUACGAGGGACUGACCUGGCUCUCUUCCCUCUCCAACCUGCAAACGCUGAAUCUGUUUGGCCUGGCGGAAUUCACAGGGAGCUUGUCCUCUCUGCAUGUUCUCUCUCACCUGGAGAAUCUUCGAAGCCUGACACUAAAAUCGCUCACCAAUGCCACGGGGGAGAUACCCAGGGAGAUCCGGUACCUCACAGCCCUCACUGCACUUGAUUUGUCGUACCUUCGGGCCUUGGAGUUCCCUGCCUGGGUGACUCACCUCUCCAUUCUUCAAUAUCUCAACGUGAACGCGGACGACCCGCGGCGGCAGGGCUUGUUGACAGACGACAUCUCGCACCUCACAGCGCUCACCACCCUAUCCCUCAAAGGCAACAACCUGGACGGCUACCUGCCUAAGAGCUUCUCCUCGCUCCUCAACCUGCAGUACCUGUGA